AUGAAACAUGAGUUUCACAAGAAAGAAUCGGGGGUUCAUCAAGAACAAGUGAGAUUGAAACACAACUGGAUCAUAGAUGUCAGUAUAGCUAUACAAAAACAAAAACUGUUGGAAGGGGUCAGAACGAAACCAUUCUCAGCAGUGGCCACAAAUUGUCGCAGCCUUUGGCUUGAAGUGAACAAAGCUGGCAGUGCAGAACUCAGGCCCAUGUGCGAUUCACUUGGUGAAGGAUUUCACUUCGGCUGCCCAGUGGAAGUUCUCACGCGAUUUGGCUGGGUGGCUGGCGAGGUAGUGGACUCACACCCAGCAAGCGGCAGCGCCCCUUCGACGAGGGUCACAGUGGAGUUUCAAGCGCAGGGCUAUGCCUGUCGAAAACGUGCAGGGCCCGAGCGGCUGCGGCGCAUUGAUGAGCUGGAAGUGGAAUUGGAAGAAGCAGAAACUCGGCGAGCUGGCCCUGGUUUGAUCGAUCCUGAGCUUUUCUUUGACGACUGCCUGAAGUUGGUGAGGGGCGAAGCAGAUCCUCCAGAGCCACCGAAGCCGAAAUUGAUCCAGACCACCUGUGUGCGCUGCGGCAACAGCAACGCUACAAAGGAGGAAGGAGCGACGCAUUACAAGUGUCCCAAAUGCGGCAGACGCUGUGAAAAGUGCAAGGGUCUCUACAUCGUUGGUUCAAAGCACAGCUGUAACUUUGUGAAAGCUGGAGCUGAACUGCUACAAGGACACUUCGGGGAAUAUCUCAAAGCACGUGCGCGAGUGGGCAAGGAGUUGAAAGAUCCCAAUGAAGAAUUCAUCACGGUGUGCCCCACGUGUUUGCAAGGCAUCAUGAAAGAGGAUGAUGAUCAGUGUGACCAUAUGACUUGCUUCAACUGCGGCCACGAGUUCUGUUUCGCAUGUCAUGCUGAUCGCACCGCCAUCAAAGCGCAUGGAAAUCACUAUCAUCAGCCGACCUGCCGAUAUCAUUUCCUCUAUUUUGGCCGUGACAGCUAUAAACCCGACGAAUGUCGUCAGUGUCAGCAGAUGGGGCAUUUGUGCGUUCGUCCGUUGGGACAAGCGGUCUGGGAUGAGUAUGGAAGGCUGAUCGCGGAUGGAAAGACCGAUGAGCGACGGAUCUACAAGGAAUACGGUCAUGAUGUUCAAUGGUGAGUCAGGGACGUACUUUCGACAGCAGGAGUUGACGCGACUGAGGCCCAAAGGAAAGGCCGGGACCCC